AUGUCUUUCAGAAAACGAGGAGAAAUACUUGGCGGAGCACCAGGCACCAGGGCUGUGCCAGGUAGAUUGAAUUCCACAUUGGUCUCUGGAAGGCAACCCCCUGUGCCAAAAGGGAGGCAAGUUCCAGUAAAACAAAAUCCAACUAUUCGUCCAUCUACUAUUACUUCACAGCCUUCUACUUCCACAGGCAUUCCCGACUUGGACAAGAUCUUACUCCAUCUGGGGCUUCCAUUGGGCUCGUUUUUGGUUGUGGAAGAAUCAGGAACCACGGAUUUUGCUUCGGUAAUCUCGAGAUCUUUUGCAUCGCAAGGUGUGGUGCACAGCCGUUUGGAUAAAGAUAUCGUUCAUUCUCAUGUUAUAGCCGUUGGUGUGCCUCCACAAUGGGCAUUGGAGCUUCCAGGAAUUUAUAAGGGCUCCACCAAGGAACAAAAACGAGCUGCGGUGGCUGCAAAUGAAUCUAAAAUCAGCGUCUCGAACCUAGCUGAGCCCACCAGUGGUCGCUCAAAUGACAUGCGGAUUGCCUGGAGAUAUGGACUUAAUAAGGAGAAGCAGCAGUCCUCCACCGAACCUGAAAACGAAACAUUUGCCAAUCAGUUUGACUUGACACAAAAAUUGAUGCCGACCCCCAAUGCUCACGAAGUAUCCACCAUACAAGUAUCCGAUGUCAAUGCUAUGGUAAAACAAAUCAAGUCUACCAUUGAAUACCAUAUCAAGAAAACCCCAUCUAUUGUCAUGAGAAUUGUUAUACCCAACUUGUUGCAUCCAAGCAUAUACCCACCUCAAUGGUCGACACCCAGUUUCAUCAUUCCAUUUAUUCAUUCAUUGCGGUCCUUGGUACGCCAAUACCCACAAAAUGUUGUUAUCAUAGCUUCUUUAGCCUUGGACUUGUAUCCUCGAGACACUAAUUUGAUUUUCCAAAUCGAGCAAAUGGUGGAUGCUGCAAUUCAUUUGCAGCCAUUCAAUCAAGAAAUGACAGCCCUCAUCGAAAAAGCUUACAAAAACGAGCCUGGGAAAGUGCAGCAUGGAUUGGUCAACGUAAUCAAGAUCCCAACUUUGUCGGAACGAGGAAUGAUGCUCAUUCAUGACGGUGAGUAUGCGUUCAAGAAUGGCCGCAAAAAGUUUGAAAUCGAGCCGUGGGGGAUCCCGGUCGAAGAUGAGGAGCCGGAACAACAGACAAAGGAGAAUAUAGAGUUCUAG